AUGGCAAACAAGAAGCCUGUUUCCUUCGAUGAUAUUAUUCUCGCCGAUCGCGAGAAGAACCAGAAGAAGAAACAGGAGGAGCUUGCCAACCAAUUACUCGGAAAGAACCGACGCAGAAGCGCUCCCGCCUCGGGAUCUGGCUCUGGCUCCGGCUUCAGCGCCAACAGAGGACAAAACAAAACACAGAAUGCGAAGCCUGGAAGCUUAGCCAGCCGGAUCGGAGUAGCCAAGCGCUCCACGCCCGCGACCGCGAAUUUCAAUAAGAACAAGCCAGCCUCCGCCAUAAGCACCGGCCGACAACGCGGAAAUACAGGAAAGAAUGAUCGCGCAAAGUCAGAACAGGUCUGGGAUGCCAUCCGGGCAGGAAAUAGCCAAGCAAAUGUCCGUCCCGCCAAACAGGGCCGGGCACCCGGCAACACUUUGUCCAUCAAGGGCGCUUCCGGGCCAUUUGUCGUGGUAGGAAGGAAUUUUGCGCCUGGAACAACCGCUGCCGACAUUCAGUCUGCCCUCGAACCUACAACUGGACCCAUGCUCAGCUGUCGGAUAGUCUCCAGCCACCCGAGUGUUGUUGCGGAAUUUGCAUUCGCAGAGAAGCACAAUGCAGAGCUGAUGAUCGCGAACUUCGAUAACCAGAGGGCUGAUGGAAGAGUCCUCGCCAUGAGCCUCAAGUCCCCUAAUGCUGGACCUACCGCCAAAGAUCCCUUCACUGCCCUUCGCGCCCAGGCUGACCAAGAACGACUCCGCGCUCGCCGAAGUGCCGGCCACGAGAAAGAUUUGCUGGCAUCGCAGAUGUCGCAGCCCGGCCUAUACAGUGAUAAAAUGAUGGUCGAUACACCGCAGCAGAAUAACAAGGGCAAUCAGAACCAAAACCGUCGGAAAGGACGACGUUAA